CUAUUUCUCACUGUUCUUGAUUCGAUGCCCAUGCCAAUUGAAUUCGUGGCGCAGAGUUAGAUGCAGAGGCAGAGAAGAACAGGGAACUUUCCUGUUCCUUUUGAGCUAGGAAAUUGCUGGAUUGAUCUCAGCGGAGGAGAAAGCAAAGCGUCUGCAUCGGCGCACUCAAAAGCGACGCCAUGAUCUCGCCAAAAGUUAGAAAGAUGAAAUCUUUUCUUUCCUGCUCCAGCCAGCUCGCGGAAUCAUGGCAGCGGAGCGUGCUGAGAGAGAGAGAGAUCCAGUAGGUGCGCGAAGCUGCGGAGACUGCACUGGGCUAUUUGCUGGGAGGUGCGGAAUCGGCGGGUUGUAGUGCUGUUAAGGAUCAUCAGAUGAGGGGAGGGACGCCCCUUGCCGUCCCACAAAAUGGGGCUUCUUUGCAGGUCUUGGAGGGAGAAGAAGGUCUCCUCUGGUGCGCUACUUCUGCUAUGGUUGCUAAGAGGAAGGAGAAAGGAAGGGAGAAGGAAAAGCUGCUGCUUGAGCCGCGUUCGGUGCUGGAAAGUAGGCGGAGCCCUAGCCCGCCGAGCUCCUCCGCCUCGACGCUGUCGUCCUCACUCGUCGUUGGUGGAGGAAGGUCUGCCUCCUCUGACGGAUCCGCGAUCACCGCCACUCCCUCGGCGGCGGCGGAAGGGGCCCGGAGGGCGGAGAGCACGACAGAGCUUCUGCCAGUACCAGCUUCCCUCGCCGGUGAUUUGGAAGGCAUGUUCUGCGAACCGGCCGCCUCAAUAGGACAAGACCAUAACUUUCUUGGGUGGAUCAUCAGCGAGGCUGAUGACACCUCCGGCGGCGGUAACUUCGAUUCGCUCUGCGUGUUCGAAGGUUCUGACAGUUUUGGUUGCGGGAUCCCGAACCCUAAUCUUUGCCUUGCUCCUUCAGCCGAUAUCCUCCCUGUUCUGUUGCCUCCGUUGCCGGCGGAGCUUCAUUUGCAAGACGAAAAGCAUCUCCUUCCCAAUCAGGAGAACCAGGCCCAACCACCACAGCUCUUCCCUUCCUUCUUCCUCCCAUUUCAUCAGCAGUCGACUACCUACCACCGGGGUCAGCCGUGGAAGCACCUCGCCCCUCCUACACGCAAACGCCCUGCCGUCGAUCCCUUCCCUACCUCUCGUGCUCCUGAGCUCCUCUGCCAAAACGUCCCCCAUCAAAUGGGAUUCAGACGACAGUUCGAUGCCGCUGGAUUCCAGCUUCAACCGCCGUCAGUAAAGCCCAAAUUAGCAAGUGGAGACGAGCCGUCCGUGGCAGCUGCGACCCCAGUUCAGCAGCAGCAACGGGCAUUGUUCGACCAGCUCUUCGAGGUAGCAGAGUUGAUCGUGGCCGGGAACACCUUCAGCGCCCGUGGGAUAUUGGCGCGGCUCAAUCACCAGCUCCCUUCUCCAUUGGGGAAACCUCUCUUGCGGUCUGCUUUCUACUUCAAGGAGGCUCUCCACCUCCUCGCCAGCAAUUCCCCCCAAGCACCGCCGCCGGUGUCGACACCAUUGGAUGCGCUGCUCAAGUUCGCCACCUACAAAACCUUCUCCGACGUCUCGCCCAUUGCCCAAUUCACCAGCCUAACCUGCGUCCAGGCCGUCUUGGAGGCACUUGACGGUGCUACCUGCAUCCAUAUCAUUGAUUUCGACAUUGGCAUCGGCGUGCAGUGGUCAGCCCUUAUGCAGGAGCUGGUUCACCGGUGUUCAUCAGCAGUGGCUGCUCCGCCAUGCCUAAAGAUCACUGCUUUUACAUCUCCCUGCUCCCAUCACCCUCUAGAGCUGCACCUCAUUCACCAGAAUUUGCUCCAGUUUGCUAGAAGUCUUGGCCUCGUUUUCGAAUUCAACAUUCUCGACCUUGACCCGUUUGAUCCAUCAGCGCUCUUAAGAAUGCGUCCCACGCCCAAUGAGGCAGUCGCCGUGAAUCUCCCGGUUGGUUCUUCAAUCGACCUGCUUAUUCUGGAUCUCCUACGCUUUGUGAAGCAGCUUUCCCCAAAGAUUUUGGUCUCUGUUGAUUAUGGAUGCGAUCGCAUCGACCUACCUUACGGGCACAAUAUUCUCAGCUCAAUUCGGUCAUGCAUACUUCUCCUCGAUUCAAUCGAUGCAGCGGGUACCAAUCCAGACGCCGCCAACAAGAUCGAACGUUUCUUAGUCCGGCCAAGGAUUCAAAAUGCUGUUUUCCGACCCCUUCAUUUGUCGAACAAGGAGGCAGUUUCAUGGAGGCAUCUCUUUAGUUCUGCUGGAUUCGUGCCUGUGCAGUUCAGCAACAUCACAGAGACACAAGCAGAAUGCCUUCUGAAGAGGGUGCUGGUUCAGGGAUUCUCCGUCGACCGGAGCCAAACUUCCCUUUCCCUCUGCUGGAAGCGCGGGGAGCUUGCAUCAGUAUCAGCAUGGAAGUGACGAGCUCUUUGCUUCCUUUAUUGAUCGUGAUCGGUAUCGAAAUAUGUUUUAAGGUGUAAAUUGUUGUAGUAAGAGCUUCCCAUCGUAGCUGAGAUUUGUGUUCUAGAAAUCAACACGAAUCCAAAUCCGUAAAAUGAAAUGGACGACGACGACGAGGGCUGACGUGGAGGGCUCACGACGGACUCGCGAAGGCGGUCGGCCAAACCUCUGACCUCCUCCCUCUAUAAAUAUUGUACCCACCCUCCUCCCCCCAAACCCUAACUUGAUGCGAUCCUCCUCUACCUUCGCCUCCGAAGCCCCAAAUUCGCCUCCUCCUCUUCCCACUCGAUACGACCACCUCAAUUGCUUCCUCUGAAGCGAGAUCGGUCGGAUCUCAGCUUCUCGAAGCGGUCUGAAGAUCUGAAGCGCCCACCGAUGCCUCCGAGAUCGGAUCUGUUUUCACCGCUCGGCUAGAGCCCGAUUGGCGUCGGUCGUCGGAUAAGGCUCCGCGGCCUCGCGGUUCUGGCUCUCCUCCAGCAAGAAGGCGCUGCUCGGUUCGUAUACUCCCUUUGUGGUGCUUCUCGUGGCAGCUAUGUUGCACGGAACGCAUAUUUCUUGAGGGCCUUCGCGCAAGCCUAUGAGAUUGCGGCAGAAUGUGCUGAUGAUGAUGACGACGCCAAGGACACACAAAAAUGAGUUGAGGAAAGAUGUUCUUGAUGAGCUUAAAAUGCACGACUCAGUAAUGCAGGAUGGCGAAGGUGCUGGGUAUGCAAAUUGCCUGUUGCCACCAUGAAAUAAGUCAAAAUUAGAUUGAUAAACUAGUAGAGCACAUCAUAUUGGAAGAAAGAUGAUGAAUUCUGGUGCAUGCUAGCUUUUCACAGGCUCUAACCCUGCAACAUGCAUUACUAGUGAUGGUUUUAUUAGCUGGACAGGCGAUGACAGUUCAAAAUUCCCUUUUCUUCCUUUGGAACUUGCUAUGAGUUUGUUUAUUAGUUGAAUGUUUAGAUCUUACCGUCGAUACACUUGUUUUUUUUUUUUUUUUUUGAAGUAAAAUAAAAUUCCCAUUGUUCAUCAAAAUAUGGGAAAUGACGAUAUAAAGAUCAUAAAUUAUUGUAUGGUCGGAUAGUUACUGUGAAUAAUAUAUUGGUUAGGUUUAGACUUGCUCCUCUUUUGAAUAUGUAUCUUAGUACUUAUUUACAUUAUUGAUGGUACACCACAUAAUUAUCUGGGUAUCUGUGUAUAUGAAGCCAUCUGAGAGAACCAGUUAUGCAGAAUUAGGGAA